CCCCCUUGCUUCAAGGCCGUUAUAGUGUCACUUCCGGUAUGUCCGACGUGCCUUGUUAUGUUCAGCAUAAACGUUAAUAUCUUCAUUAUUUUAUAUUAACGCUAUUUGAUCAUCUCAAAGUCUGAAGAAUUCAAAACUUUCUCGAUCUAGCUUCCUACGUGAUGCUGAGAAAUUAUUGUCAGGUAGCAGUUGCGUGUACUGAAUCGGGUGACAAUCAUCGACUAUCCUCGGAGCGAUUGUGAGAACUGAGAUAUGAUUUGUACGACAAAAUCCAAUUUUCAGUGAUUUUAUUUUUUAAGUAUACGUAAUCUUCAGGACGACGAGCAUUUUCAUGAAGUUAUAAUGUCACAGAGCAGAAUAAAUGCCGACAAUGACAGGCAGUCGUGCUGGGUGUGUUUUGCCACUGAUGAAGAUGAUACUGAAGCAGCCUGGGUGCGACCCUGUCGUUGUCGAGGAACUACUAAAUGGGUCCACCAGAGCUGCCUGCAGCGAUGGGUGGAUGAAAAACAGAGGGGAAAUAGCACAGCCAAAGUAGCUUGUCCACAGUGCAACACAGAGUAUAUCAUCAUCUUUCCUAAGUUGGGUCCAGUUGUUUAUUUGAUGGAUAUAGCAGACAAGAUUAUUUACAAAAUGUGUCCCUUUGUAGCUGGUGGCAUGUUCAUAGGCUCGGUGUAUUGGACUGCUGUAACUUAUGGUGCUGUCACUGUAAUGCAGGUGUUAGGUCAUAAGGAAGGGUUGAAUGUGAUGGAGCGAGCAGAUCCUCUCUUUCUGCUGAUUGGUCUGCCUACUAUACCCGUCAUGCUGAUUUUAGGCAAAAUGGUUCGCUGGGAGGACUAUAUUUUGCGUCUUUGGCGAAAGCAUUCGUCAAAACUGCCGCUUCUCAAUUACCUUUUCCCAGAUGAAUAUUCCAGGUCGUCAAGAGUGCCGGCGGAGACCGUACCGCUGUCGGACCCCAUCUCAGCCACCCGGGUAUUGUGCGGGGCCCUCAUCCUACCCACCAUCGCCACCAUCGUGGGCAAGCUCAUGUUCAGCUCGGUGCAGUCUAACUUCCAGCGCACACUCCUGGGUGGCAUCGCUUUCAUUGCUAUCAAAGGUGUUCUUAAGAUCUACUACAAACAGAGCCAAUACCAUCGACAGGCCAAUCGUGUCAUUUUGGACUAUAAUGGAGAACCAUUUCCAGCAUCAAGUGCAUCCACACCAGUCAGUUCCUAAUGAAAAUGAACUGUUAGCACGAGAGCAUGUCUGUGGGAAAGUUAAAUACAAUGAAACAGUUUGAGAGGUUAUCUAUAUGAUUGUGUCAUUAGAGAAGCUUGUGUGCCAGAUUGUGGCGACUGCUGAACGUUUUUAAGUGUGGAAGAGUUAGAUUUCUGCAUAUUCAGUACUUUCCUCUUAACAGGUAUUUUUAUGAGGAAGUCUAGUUUCUAAGCACAUUCUUUUCUGGUGAAUUAAUGCCUACAUAGCAAUGUUUUAAUAUUUUUUGAGGAGGCAUACUUCACUUUUAGUAGUUUCACUGAAAGUUUUAAUCCAUACAAAUUGUGGUUAAAGUACUUCAGGAGAAAAUCUUCAUCAUACAGUUGAAAUUUCUAUUUACAUGGUUUUUUUUAGGCAAAUAUAAAGCAAAUCCAAAGACUUGAGCACCAGAAUUUCCAUGAAAACCAAAUUAAACUCUUAAUUUUUGUUUUGCCUACAAGAAGAGAAUUUUUGGAAUACAGCAUAUUUUUUUGUCAUCUUCUUAUGCUGAGAAGGUUUUCUUUAUUUUUUUAUGGUUUUGGUUGAUUAAAUUGGAGCAUGUGUUUCCUUUGUUUUUGUGUGGAUAUACAGAAGCAAUAUGCAUUCUCGCUCACACGAACUCUUAUUAUAUUUUUGCAUCAUAGCAUGGAAAGGAGUACAUGGGUCUCCAUGUUUGUCAGUUUUUGUAUGCAUAUUCAUUUGUGUUGGUAUAAAUACUUCCUUAUGAGGAUGCAAAUAUCCUGUGUUUAUGAUUAUGUCUGUAGGUGUAGAGGAGUAUUUGUGUAUGUGUCUGCAUGUCUUGGACAAUAAAGUGAACCACAUUUCACCAGUUAUCAGGGAAGAAAAAGCCAACCAGUAACUUAGCACGAAAAAGAAAAUCUUAUGAGAGAAUGCAGUAUUUCUGGUAAUGAGAUUUGUGUUUGAGUGCUUUGGAAAUGUUUACUAAGUUUAUAGGUUGGAACAUGAACACUAUGCAUCAUUUUGUUUUCCAAAAUUAAAACUCUUUUGAAGGUGGAACUUUUAUUUUAAGGCUGGAAAGAAUGGUUCAACCGAUGGAAAGAGGUGAGGAAUGUGGUGCCAAUUACUCUAGCAGUCAUGCUUAGCUAAUUGCUCCCAUCUGGCCAGACAAGUACCCUCACCUCCUACCCUGGGUCAAACCAUUCCUUCCUACUAGACAGUGGAAUGCAAAUAGGAAUAUUAUCAUCUAUAACAUUAGCAGCACAUAAAUUAUGUUUGUAUAUAUUAAAAAAAAAUAGUCUGUAACGAGAGGGUGAGGGUUUUUCUAAUUAUGUUUAAUGCAUGUGGACAAGUUGGCAUAUUAAUGUCAGCUGCAUUACGAAUUCAAUUUGAAUUAUAAACAGAUUUCAGUGUCAAAGUUUUGUAAUGAGGAAACAGGGGGCUAUUGUCUUGAUAAAUGUUUUGAAAAUGUGUUUGAGUUAAUGUGCUUUCACAUCUAAUUCAUAUGCUUCAGGGCUACCUUGGUUCAAGUGCAUAACCAAUAAUUUUGAAAGCCUUUCAUCUUGAAGGCUUUGCCUAACGGUCAAAAACAAACAUUAUCAAUCAUUCAAACAUCAAACAUACCUUGUAGAAACCUAUGUUCAUAUAUUGCAGAAAGAGUUGUGAUUUUCAACAUAGAGGACUACGCUUUGAAUGCCCAUUAAAAGAAAUUGUUUUGACUAUUUGUAUGUGAUAAUUGUGGUCAUUACCAGAUGUGAAGUAUAAUUACUUUGGUUGAUUGCUUGUGCAGUUAACAGAUUUACCUUGCAUCAAUUCUGCUAGUGCAAGAGGGAGAUGUGAAAAUUUGUUGGGUUUUUUUGUGUUGCACAGCAACGCCUUUACUGUGAAUGGGAUGUUUAAAUUGUCUGUUGGUUAAAUUGUCUUAUGGAAUUUUAUGCAUGGUUCAGUCUUUUUAUGACAUGGACACCUUCACAAAUCUGCUAGCAUAGCGCCCUUUUGUAAAAGAAAUGGCAUGCAAUAUUUCUAUUGCAUUCCUUUACUUAAACUAUUAUCCAAUCUUAAAAGAUGACUACAGGUAUAAAAGCCCCUAACACACCCCUAACUAGCAUUGAGGCAUGAGCUUUUGUUUGCAAUCAGACUGUUUUCUACAUUUGUUUUAAGAUUUGAUUAAAGAAGAUUUCUGUCCAAUCCCCGACUUCUAAACAAUAAGCUGUGCCCAAUAUGUAGCCUAUAUUUAAAGACCAUAAAUAUUUAAACCAAGUUACCAUUACAACCCAAAUGCAAUUUUGAGUUUACUCAAAGAAAAAUAUUUGAAAUUGAAUUUAAUUUUGAGGAAGUAUG